CCGCCGCAGCGCUGAGCCCGGCGGGGCCCCGGCCGCGGCCCCCGGCAGCGGGGCGGCCCCCGCCCCGAGGCAGGACGAUGCCGGUGAAGAAGAAGAGGAAAGCCGCGGCGGGGGCGGCGGCGGCGGCGGCGCAGGACGAGGCCGGCCUCAAGAAGUGUAAACUCGGCAGCUAUUGCAGAUCACAAGCCUCUGGUAAAGUAAUAAGUGGAGAGGAACACUUUUCAAGCAAGAAGUGCCUAGCUUGGUUUUAUGAAUAUGCAGGUCCUGAUGAAGUUGUGGGGCCCGAAGGAAUGGAAAAGUUCUGUGAAGACAUCGGUGUUGAGCCUGAAAAUAUUAUUAUGUUAGUUUUAGCCUGGAAGCUAGAGGCUGAAAGCAUGGGGUUCUUUACCAAGGAAGAAUGGUUAAAGGGGAUGACUUCGUUACAGUGUGACUGUACAGAAAAGUUACAGAGUAAAUUUGAUUUCUUGCGGUCACAAUUGAAUGACAUUUCAUCGUUUAAGAAUAUCUACAGAUACGCCUUUGAUUUUGCAAGGGACAAAGACCAGCGAAGUCUUGAUAUCGAUACUGCAAAAUCCAUGUUAGCUCUUUUGCUUGGAAGAACUUGGCCACUGUUUUCAGUAUUUUAUCAAUACCUGGAGCAAUCGAAGUAUAGAGUUAUGAACAAGGAUCAGUGGUACAACGUGCUAGAGUUCAGCAGAACUGUCCACGCAGAUCUUAGCAACUAUGACGAAGAUGGUGCAUGGCCUGUACUUCUGGAUGAAUUUGUUGAAUGGCAAAAAGUUCGUCAAGCGUCAUAGCAAGAAUUUAAAAGAAAAUGCAAGUUUUUUGGUGCCCGCCUGUACACAAACUAAUGAGAAAAACAAAGGAUUGCAUUUUCAUUCUUAUGAAAGACUUUACAGUAAUUUUUUUCCUUUUUUAAGGAAGUUUUCUUGUUACAUGUGAUAUGGGCAUUGAACCACACCUCUUCUGAGACUGAAAGUUGGAGUUCUUGUUUUGAGUCUUAUGUUUAUAGCAUUUAUUUCAGAACAAUAAAGAUUCAGAUUUGUGACAAAGGCCUAAAA